ACGGAGGUCAAACCAGAAUCCUGCCUGCAGACCAGAGUCUGAAAUGGACACAGACAAAGCUCAGCAACAGUUCUCUGAAAAUUACUCUGAGGUCACGGUUAGCUCAAGUGCAGAUGUUCAAAAUCAUUCGGGAGAAGAUUCUGGGACAUCUGAGAGCAUCCGGGGUGGCGGAGGACGAGCGAGACCGUACCCUUCACCAUCCCGCAGGAGACACCGAACCACCUUCAGCAAUGAGCAGCUGGAACAGCUGGAGUUAGCCUUCAGACAGAAUCACUAUCCUGAUAUCUACUACAGAGAGGAACUCGCCAGAGCCACCAAACUUAACGAGGCUCGCAUACAGGUAUGGUUUCAGAACCGUCGUGCCAAGCAGCGGAAGCAGGAUCGUAUCUCUCAGAAAGUGCUUCCGGUGGGCAUGAUGCCAGGACGAGCACCUCUCUUCAGCAGCAUGUGUGUGCCUUCCUCAGCCAUGGGACGGCAGUACCAAUGCCCUCAUUCACUGCCACACAUCCCCCGAUUCUCAUCAGUGCUGCCCACUGGAGGAUACCCACCCCACCCGUCCUCCGGCAGUCAUUUCUCCUGCUCCUCGGGCCCUGCUCCAUCAUCACAAGCCACUAGACAGCCUGAUGACUGGUACAAUCAACUGCGCACCAUCGGACCAGCCACUACUUCAGUGCUCUCACUGGCCUCGGUGUCACAGCUGGAAACCACCAGUCACUGGAACUAGAACAAGUGCUGUAAACCGUUUUGUACAAGAAGAUACUUUAGAGUGAAUAAAGCUUUUCAGUGACAAAGAAAGAUUGACAUUUUCC